CCCAGAUGAGUUCCCGCACCCUAAGAUCAGGCUCAAUUUUGUAACGGAGUGUGAUGAGUUAAGUCUUAAAGAGUUUAAUGAAUUACAAUAGCUAUUUCGUCCAUUGGAUAUUUUUGUAAAUAUUUGGAAAUGGCUUAAUUGUUCUUUACGUACAUUGCAAAUAAUCUUGGAUUGGCUAUUUUUGCGGUUGGAGUUGAUUUUAUUUAAGUUAUAUGAAUUUUGAAUUUUCAUAACAUCUCAAAUUGGAGAAAAAAAAUGUGACAUUAAUUUAUUUAAAGUAUUUAGUCAAAAAAGGACAUAUAGAGUGAUUUGAUUCUGGCUGGCUGUAGAUUGAUUUACUAGAAUGGGAUUAAAAAGGAAACAUGGAAUAAUACUUCUAUGGAGGACUCUAUAUCUAGUCUCAACUUUUAAAUUUUUAGAUUAUACAAUUGCACAGGAUUUGUCAAAUAGUGUGAGUAUAUGUCCAGAAAUCAGGCCGGGUGAAGAUGAUCUUCCAGGUUUUGAUUUUAUUAGAAAAUUCCGACUAGACGAUUUCGAAUUCGAUUUCCCCGGAGUGAAGAAAGUAAAAGGAUCUAAUCGAAUGCAAACGGCGUACAGACUUUCAAAGAGAGCAGAUUUAAGUUUACCAACAAGAUCUAUAUUUCCAAUUGGAUUGCCAGAAGAAUUUUCUUUCGUUGCAACUUUCCGAAAGAAAAAUGGUCGCAAGGAUCCAUGGUUUCUAAUUAGAAUCAACGAUAUCUUAAGCAAACCUCAGUUUGGAAUCACUCUCAAUCCGAGGAAACAAAUGCUGGAAUUUUACUCAUUGGAUUUUGAAGGAAAACUACAGACAGCACGUUUCGGAAAUGUUGAGGUGGACGACAAUCAGUGGCACAAAAUUGACUUGAGUGUGUAUCAAGACAAAGUUACUUUAUAUAUGGAUUGUGAAAAGCAAUCAUCGCUGUCUAUUGAUUUAAGGGGACCCAUUGAUGUCAAUGGUGACAUCAUGAUUGCGAAAUACGAAGAUGACAGCGACACAGUUCCAUUAGAGUUGCAGUGGAUGGUUAUGAGUUGUGAUCCAACUAGGCCAGAGAGAGAAACCUGUGAUGAACUGCCUCCAAAGAAAAAGAAACCGACUGAAGAAAAAUGUCAAAUAUGUCCUCCCGGUGCCCCUGGUUUGAAUGGAACUGAGGGUCUUCCUGGAGCUCCCGGAAUUCCUGGAUUCCCGGGUGAGCGGGGACUGCAAGGAUUACCAGGUAUUCAAGGGCCACGAGGAGAAUCCGGAGAUUCCGGUAUACCGGGUCUACCAGGACCAAUAGGACCCCCAGGACCCAUUGGACCUCCUGGAAGAGCAGGUAUACCAGGAUUGAGAGGCGAGUCAGGAUCACCUGGACAGCCAGGGCUCCCAGGAGCGAGGGCAGAAAAAGGAGAUCCAGGACCACCAGGAGAACCAGGAACACCAGGUUUUCCAGGAACCAUGGGCCCUAGAGGACCACCAGGUGUUCCAGGAGAUGCAGUAGUUGUAGAAGGACAACCAGGACCACAAGGAGAUCCCGGGCCAAUGGGUCCUCAAGGGGAGCAAGGACUGCAAGGCUUACCAGGUAUUCCAGGAUUUCCUGGUAAAAAGGGCGAUACAGGACCACCUGGAGUAGCAGGACCAGAAGGAAAGAGAGGUUUUCCUGGUGACAGAGGAGAAUCUGGCCUUCCAGGACCUCAAGGACUACCUGGAUUACCGGGCCUUCCUGGUAGAGACGGCAUUCCUGGUACAACUACAGACACUGUCGUUAUUCCUGGUCCACCAGGGCCGAGAGGAGAGCAAGGAGAGAUUGGUUUACCUGGAACAAAGGGAGAAAAAGGCUCUAGGGGUGACAUUGGAGUACCAGGACCAAUUGGAUUUAAGGGUGACAAAGGAGAAAGGGGUGAAUCAGGAAUUCCAGGAGUGGAUGGACAUAAGGGUGAUAGAGGAGAACUAGGACGCAUUGGAGAUACUGGAGCAAAAGGAGAAAGGGGAUUUCCUGGCGUGCCAGGUCUUAGAGGUGAACCUGGAUUGAUUGGAAUGCCUGGACCAUCUGGAAUGCCUGGAAAUAAUGGUGCUCCUGGAGCAAGAGGAAGUAAAGGAGAACCAGGAGAGCCUGGAUUACCAGGAGAAGUAGCUAAAGCUGGAGAUCCUGGACCACCAGGAAAUCCAGGACCACCCGGAGAACCAGGAAUUGACGGAUCAGGGGGAAUACCAGGAUUACCUGGCCCACCAGGGGCAGUAGGUCCAGUAGGAUUACCGGGACCACCGGGUCCUCAAGGUGCCCAGGGCAUAGAAGGAGCUGAGGGUCCAAGAGGAAUAAAAGGUGAAGCAGGUCCACGUGGUCCAGAUGGAUUGCCCGGAGAGGCAGGAAUUCCAGGAAAACCAGGACCAUUUGGAAAGCCCGGACCCAAGGGAGAUCAGGGCGAAAAGGGGUCAAGAGGUGCAGAAGGCCUCAGAGGGCAUCCAGGAUCUUCUGGUUCACCGGGUCCUGUAGGUCCAUCUGGUCCAGCUGGAUUACCUGGAUUGGUCGGUUUUCCAGGGCCUUCAGGCCCACCAGGUCCACCGGGUCCCCCUGGACCUAAGGGUGAAAGUGGUCUUGUUAGCUAUGAUAUUGAAGGUUUAGUACCACUGCCUGGUCCACAGGGAACUUCUGGUUCUAUGGGACCUCCUGGAAUGCCUGGUGAGCGUGGUGGAUCAGGUGAGAGAGGACCGCCUGGAUCAACUGGACCUGUAGGCAUGCCAGGAUCUGCUGGUCCACCUGGAAUACCUGGUAAUCCCGGUAACAGAGGUGGACCUGGAAUGCCAGGAUUGCCAGGACCUCCUGGUCGAGGUUACACGGAAGAAGAAAUGAGAGAAAUAUGUGCUUCUGUUCUUAGAGAUCGGUUCCAGGAAUUGGUUAGUGGUUUACGUGGUCCUAGAGGCUUUCCAGGUAUAUCUAAACCUGGUAAGCGAGGAAGGCCCGGUAAACCUGGAAUACAAGGCGAUCCUGGAACCCCGGGACUGCCAGGGGAACGAGGUUUCAUGGGACUUCCGGGUAUGCAUGGACCAACAGGACCUCAUGGACCAAAAGGUGAGAAGGGUGAUCGAGGAAAUAGAGGACCAGAAGGUGUCGGUAUAGAAGGUCCGAUGGGCUUGAGAGGACAGCCAGGUCCUCCAGGGCCUCCAGGAGUAGGACAACCAGGACGUCCUGGAGAUAGAGGACCAGUUGGCAAACAGGGUAUACCAGGAACAAGAGGUCCUCCCGGACCACAAGGACCACCAGGAUAUUGCGAACUCUGCAGUUAUCAAGGUGCUGAUAUAAUGACUGCUUUACAAGGAAGAGGACCUCCAGGACAAGAUAAAGGACCGCCAAAUUAAUGUUGCCAAGUAAAAAAAAUUAAUCAUAAUGAAUAUGAUUACGAACUAAAAAAUAAGAUAACAAGAAAUAUGAAAACUGUGCAAAUGCAUUAGUUUUUAAUUGUUUUUAUAUUAUAAUUUUAUAUCGAUUGCUUACUAAGUUAAUUUAUUAAAACCCUAUGCAUUUUAUCAUAAAGUUAUUGAAUGUAUCAUCUGUUUCCAAAUGUUGAAAUUAUUAUUAAAAAAAACAAAAUGAAGAAAAUUGUCAUAAAAUGUUUUUAAUAAUUGUUAUUAUUUUCAACCAAAUGCAAGGUUAAAAAUUUUCAGAAAACGUGUUCAGCUUUUUCUAGCGAAUUUUAUUGUGUAGUAAAUCAAAUGUUUCAAAACGUGA